CGCCAGCACCGUCGCAGCCGCUACGUCGGCAGUCUUUUAGCCGAGAUAUAGGCCACGCAGCCGCCGAGACUUAUCUCGUCACUCGCCUCAGCUUUAAGCUUCUUCGAUAUCUUGGGCUACCGGUGGAUGACUAGACUUGUUGCCCUUGGUUGUUAUGCCAUGCUACUAAUGCCAGGGUUUCUUCGAGAAUUCAUCUUGAUGGUAGCAACACUUUCUUGGAGGAUUAGUUGGUCCCAGUGGUCAAGUGCAGCAAAUCUUCUGAUUAAUGAUUAGUUAUAAUAAUUCCAUUAAGGGCUGUUUGCUUCUAUAAUUCAGUGUGAAUAUCAUCUUCUUAAUUUAUUGUUUUCCCAAAUUUAUUUCUUAAUUUUCGGAUUUAUUGUUGUUUUCUGGAUACAUUCGAAUAUUGAAAGUGGAACAGUGAAUCACAUACAACUCAAUCCAUCAAGACUUUCUGAUAAACAACUACAAUUCCCUGCAUCUAGGCGUUUUUACCUUUCUGUCAGUAAACACAGAGAGUCACCCUGUAAGCACAUUUGUCAUGUUUAUGGGAAAGGCUAUACUGGUUUUAGGUCUUCUAAGCCUAUGUCUGUAUCUUAUGGAUGAUAACAAAAUGAUAAUGAAGCAAAUGGUUCCAAAUGUUGCCCCUGAUUAACCCUAUAAAAACAGUGUGUUUUACGGUUGUUUUCUUUAUUUAUUUUUUUAAUUUGAAUAUUUUGAGUUGAUCAACUAGCUUUUUGUUAUCUUUGGUUGUAUUUAUCAUAUUUAAUUUUGUCUUUUGAUUGAAAAAGUUCUGCGUAUUUUCAUAUUUGUAAUUACAAUCUUAAAUUAAUAUGUCGUGGAAUAUUGACUAUUUUCUUUGUUUCUAGCUAUGGUACUGAAAUGUCUAUACACUAUACAUCUUUUUCAUACAUAAAUUCCUUUAUUUUUUGGUAUUUUUAUUGCUCAUAUAUUUUAAGAUGCAAAUAUAUAAUAAAAAAAAUUAGAGUGCUUGAUGGGGGAAAGUCUUUUAAAGUUUAUUCAAGAAAGAAAGGGAAAGGCAUAACUAAACUUCAAGUAGGAUUAAUAUUAGUUGGAAUCAAAUUAGAAUUAGUAUUAGUUGGAAUUAAAGUAGGAUUAGUAUUUGUUGGAGUUAAAUUAGGAUUAGCUAAUCAGGUUAUAAGACAAUUAGAAUUAGUCUCUCUAUUUUUAUUUAUUUAUUUUUUAUUUCUUUACCAUAAACUUUAUUUCUUGUUCUUCUCUUUACACCCUAAAAAAUAAAAACCCUAGCCCACCUAUUUGAGUGUAGGCAGUUGGGAAACCUCCUUGUAACAACAUUCUUGGGCUGCUGCACUCUCCAGCUGUGCCAUGAGUUCCCAAGUUGAUUAUUUUCAAGUAUUUGGCUUUUAAGAACCUUAAAUAACUACCAGGAAAAGAAAAAAACAGAGGAUGGGAGUGAGGGACUCCAAUGGAGUCUCGAAGGGAGGUAAGUGUUGGUUUGCUGUUGAAUCUAAGUCUUUCGAAAUUUCCAUUGAAGAGGUUAGAGGAAGGUUAAGAGGAACUAUUUGGGAAAGGAGUAAAGGCUUCUCCUCUUGGAUAAGGUUUGGAGAAAAAGGUUUAAGCCUUCUGUUGGAAGGGGUGGAAGCUUGGUGCAGAGGAGAAUCUAACUCCAAGCUUUUAAAAGUCUGGGAUGAAGGUGCAAGAAAAUUCAGUCUAGAAUGUCGCUCUAACGUGGCUGGGAGAUUUUUGCUCUGCUCGGUAAGAGAUGUGGAAAGGAAAAAGUUCUGUCUAGUAUUUCCUGAAGGAAAUGGCUUAGUAGGGGGUUGGUUCUUGUUGGCUAAGAAUUUGAGGGCUCUUGGGGUCUCUUCCACAGAAGUGAGGAAUAGCUAUCAGUGUGUAUCAUCCAUGGGUAAGGAGGAAAGCAAUUCCAAUACCUCAGAAAAUGAGACAGAUUCGUAUGCAGAAGUUGUUAAAGGGAAGAAAGGUCUGCCAGUGGACUCUAUGAGGGUGCACCUAGGGGAAAAGGAAAUAAGGUAUAGGGAGGAACAGCUUGGGCGUUGCCUGGUGGGUUGUUUUGGUGGUAGUCCUGAGUCUAUCCCGUCAUUGCCUUCUUUGAAGAGAUGGGCGUAUGAGGUUUGGUUGCUGAAAGGGGAGUUAAGAAUAUCCAGGUUGGGUGGGGCCCUGGUGCUGUUUGAGUUUCAAGAUAAAUGGGAAGCUGAUAUGGUGCUACUUAGAGGGAGCAGUCGUUUUAAGGAUAGAGAAUUUAUAUUGCAAAGGUGGGGACUGGCAGUGGGGUGCACUUGGAAAGAGAACCACGCUAAGGAAGUCUGGGUAAGAGUUGUAGGACUUCCUCUUCAUCUUUGGAGUAGGGAGGUUUUCAAGCGUAUUGGAGAUUGCUGUGGGGGGUUUGUAGCCGUGGAUGAGGAAACGGCUCUCUUCUCUCAGCUGCAGUGGGCUCGGAUUAUGGUUAAAGAUUCGGGAAUGAAAUGGUCAGGGUCGAUGCAGGUGGAGGCUGGCAACUCGAGGUGGGAGCUUUGCUUGUGGUGGGAAGCCAUACCGAGGGUGAUGCAGGCUGGGUCCAGCUCUAGGAUGCAGACGAGAAGUGAGCGGGAGGUUAGGGAUGAAGGUGGGGGAGCUUCACGCGCUGAAUCUGGAGUACGGGAGCCCCAUGCUGAUUUUCAAAAAAGGGGGGCUGAAGGGAAGGUGGCGUGUGGCAGUGAAACAAGGAAAGUGGACAGAGAUUGGGGCAGGCAGACUGCUGUCCCUGCAGUGGGCUGUUCAGGGACUGGGCCUGGGCCCAUGGCUGGCAAAGGGGCUCUUUUAAAAGGAGUUGGUGGGCUGCUUACAAAGGGAGACGCGAGCUGGGCCGAGGGCCCGUCUCCCCUCUGCCUUAAGUUAGCGGGCUGGACCAAGGGGAAUGAGAAGCAUAUUGGGCUUCUAAAGCCUGAGGCCCAUUUGGACUUUUUAAGGGAGCCCGACCCUUCUAGGGCUUCCACUGAGACUGUCGGGGCUCGUGCGGAGCUGGAGAAGGAUCCUCUGGUCGCGGGUAGCGUCGGCGGCGUGGAGCCACCCCUCGGCCACCUGAAGUCCACUGACGACGCGCUUCUGAAUGAAGCUUCUAGGUACCCCCGUAACUUCAAACUCCCUAUCUUUUCUAUGGGGUUUGGGGCUUCUUCUCCUUCUUCUCCUUUCUUGGGGUCGGAUGAUGAUGUGUUGGGGAAGGUGAGGGCUAACAGUGGUCUGGUUGAGGCCGUGGAAGAAACGAGGAGCAGAGACUCUCCGCGUGAAGAGUGGAUGGUAGACCUCUCGGUCCUCGAAGAUAGGAACUUGUCCCCGAGAGCAUCGGGUGGUGAGGCAAAUGGGUCUGAUCUAGCCAUUGUUCCUUUUGGAGGGGUUUUAGAAAGCCCAUUAGUGGAGACGAUGGCCCUUCAGGUGGAAGUGGGGGACGGAGAGGAAGAAUGGAGCUCCAGUUGCCUUGCAAAAUUUAGUCACUGCUUGGGUAUGCCGACAGUUGGUUUUGAGGAAGAAAUUCUUUACCUGUUGAGGAGAAUGAGGGGGAGAAUUGAAAAGAAAAAUCAGGAUAGGGAGAAUAAAAAGACAAAGUCAUCGGUGUCAAAAUCCAGCAGGGAAUUAAAGAAGCUGGAAUGGACAGUAAGCUAUAAAAGAGCUAAGUUGGCAUCCAAUGAAGGCAAGUUCGGAGGGGCUUCAGGAUCAGGGAUUAAAUGAUGAUAAAGAUCUUAUCUUGGAAUGUUAGAGGGGCAAAUGAUAGUGAAAAGAGGAAAAUCAUCAAGUCCAUAAUAAAAUCCAACAAGGUGGACGUGGUGUGCCUGCAGGAGACUAAAAUCAAGGAUAUGAGUACGGGGAUUGUCCGCAGCCUUGGGGUGGGAAGACACAUUGAUUGGAGAGCAAUUAACUCUAAGGGGGCAGCUGGUGGUGUUCUGGUGUUUUGGGACAACAGAGUGGUUGAUGUGUUGGAGGUGGAAGAAGGGAUGUUUUCGGUGUCUUGUCUGUUCAAGAAUUGUAUAGAUGGGAUGAGGUGGGUAUUCACCGGAGUGUAUGGACCGGUGUGCAGGAGGGAGAGGGAGGCUUUUUGGGAGGAGCUUGGGUCUAUAAAAGGGUUAUGGAGAGAUCCUUGGUGUGUGGGGGGUGACUUUAAUAUGAUCAGAUACCCGGAAGAGCGCAGUAGGGGGGGUGAGUUAUCUGCAUCAAUGAGGAGAUUUAAUGAAGUGGUAGAGGAUCUGGAGCUCAGGGACUACCCCUUACAGGGGGGCUUCUUUACUUGGCGAGGGGGGUUAAACAAUCAGUCUCAAUCUAGGCUCGACAGGUUCCUAGUUACAGAUGAGUGGGACAGAAUGUUUAAUGGAGCCAUGCAGGGGAUUCUUGCUAGACCAGUUUCUGAUCAUUAUCCUAUCCUCCUUGAAGGUGGAGGUUUGAAGAGGGGUCCGUCACCUUUUAGAUUUGAGAAUAUGUGGCUGGAGGAAAGGGGGUUCAUGGAUCAGAUGAAGAGGUGGUGGGGCAGCUUAUCUUUUACUGGGUCUUUCAGCUUCGUUUUGGAUGCAAAAUUAAGAGCCUUAAAAGGGCUCUUAAAGACUUGGAAUAAAGAAGUUUUUGGGGUAAUUGAGGCUAAGAAGAGAGAAGCUCUUAGCCAGGUGGCGUACUGGGAUGCAGUGGAGAAUCAAUCAACUCUGAGUUUGGAGGAUUGUGAAGCCAGGAAGGAGGCUAAGGAGGCUUAUAAGACAUGGGUGCUGAGGGAAGAAAUUUCUUGGAGACAGAGAUCAAGGGAAUUGUGGUUGAAGGAGGGGGACAAUAAUACUAAAUUCUUUCAUAGGAUGGCGAACGCGCAUAGUAGAAGGAAUUGGUUGUCUAGGCUGAAAGUGGAUGAUUGUUGGCAUACGGAGGAGUUAGAUUUAAGAAAUAGUGUGGUGGGUGCUUUUAAAAAUCUGUAUACUGAAGAAGGGGGAUGGCGUCCUGGGGUUGAGGGGUUGUCCUUCAUGAGAUUAGACAGUUGUGAGGCUGAGGGGCUGGAAAUUCCUUUUACGGAAGGGGAGGUAUUCGCGGCACUUUCAGAUCUAGGCAAGGAUAAAGCCCCCGGCCCGGAUGGUUUCACCAUGGCCUUUUGGUUGUUCAGUUGGGAGUUAGUAAAGGUUGAAAUAAUGGGCUUUUUCAAGGAAUUUCACGAGAGGGGCAGAUUUGUAAAAUCUCUAAAUGCAACAUUCCUUGUUAUAGUCCCAAAGAGGGGAGGAGCUGAAGAUUUGAAAGAUUUUAGGCCCAUUAGCCUUGUAGGCAGCCUCUAUAAGUUGCUGGCCAAGGUGUUAGCCAAUAGAAUUAAAAAGGUGUUGGGGAAAGUGAUCUCAGAGUCUCAAAAUGCCUUUGUGGAGGGUAGACAGAUUUUGGACGCAGUGCUGAUUGCAAAUGAGGCUGUGGACUCAAGAUUGAAAGACAAUGUGGGAGGGGUGUUGUGCAAGUUGGAUAUAGAGAAGGCUUAUGACCGUGUUAGUUGGAGCUUUUUGCUGGCUGUUCUUAAAGAGAUGGGGUUUGGACAGA